GGGCGGGCGGCGCUGGCGGCGCUGCGGGACGGGGCCGUGCGGAGGGUGCGCUGUGUGCAGACGGGGCCCGGCGCCGGGGAUUGCGUGACGGUGCGGGAGGAGGUGGUGGCUCACCGCAGCCGGCCGCACCUCUACCUGCAGCGCAUCCGCAUCGCCAACCCCACCGAGCGCCUGGCCGCCUUCGAGGCCUCGGCCCCCGCCGCCUCUGCGCUGGGCGGGCGCUUCGCCAGCAGCCUGGAGAAGGUGGAGGAGCGGCAGUUCUUGCUCUCCUCCGGCCGCUUGCCGCUGGCCGGCAGCCCCAAGAUGGUGCUGGUGGUGGUGGCUGCCAAGAAACUCGUGAGCCGGGUGCAGGUCGCGCCCAAGUCGCACUUCGAUGAGACUCUGCUCUCCGUGGUGUACACCUCGGAGCCCAUCGAGGUCUCCAGGCUGGAGGAGACCUUCAGCAAACUGAGGGAGGCAGCGAAGAAAGAGAUGCUGGAGGUGAUGCAGAUGGGGGUGGAAGAUCUUUUCCAGGAGCACCAGCAGACUUGGUCUGACUUGUUCAUUUCAGGGAUUGAAAUGAGAAAGAUCACAGAUGCUCAUACCCCAUCCAGUGAGACUGUCAACAUGACCCUCUAUUACGUGCUGUCAACUAUGCCAGCCCCCCUGCUGGAACCCCUCAUUGGUGGUGAGGACAGGGAGAAGAUUGAAGCCAGCCUGAACUAUGCUGACCACUGCUUCAGUGGCCACGCCACCAUGCACGCCCAGAACCUGUGGCCACCAAAGCUGACCAGUGUCAGCCAGAUCCUGCAGCUCUCAGACCUGUGGAAGCUGACUCUCCAGAAACGGGGGUGCAAGGGUCUAGUGACAGCUGGGGUCCAUGGACUCAUGCAGGGAAUGGUGCUUAGUUUUGGGGGUCUGCAGUUCACAGAAAACCAUCUUCAGUUUCAGGCUGAUCCUGACGUGCUUCAUAACAGCUAUUCCUUACGUGGGAUCCAUUACAAUAAGGACUUGAUCAAUUUAGCUGUCCUCCUGGAUGCUGAAGGAAAGCCCUUCUUGCAUGUGUCUGUGAAGUUCCAGGACAAGCCUGUCAGGCUGUAUGCCUGUGAGGCAGGCUGUAUGAACGAGCCCGUGGAGCUGACCUCAGAGGCACGAGGUCACACCUUCCCUGUCAUGGUGACUCAACCCAUCACACCACUGCUUUAUAUAUCAACAGAUUUGGUCCACUUGCAGGACCUAAGACACACACUCCACUUAAAAGCUAUCCUAGCUCAUGAGGAACACAUGGCCAAGCAAUACCCAGGCUUACCCUUCCUGUUCUGGUUCAGUGUGGCCUCCUUAAUUACUUUGUUUCACUUGUUUCUGUUCAAACUCAUCUACAACGAAUAUUGUGGGCCAGGAGCCAAGCCUCUCUUCAGGAGUAAGGUGUAAGGCUGCUGCUUUUGGCUGCUAUCCAUUGAGUGUUGUCAGCCUGAUGUGUCAGCUGUGCAUGGGCAGGCUCUGUCUUGGACUGUAAUGAUUUUCAGUCGCUCUUGAAACAAACGAUCUGUGACCUCUUCUUGCAAGGAGGAGGAUUAGGGCAGGGAUUGGAGCAGUAGGGCUCACAGUUGUUAGAAAAGAUAAACUCCUGGUCUGUCCUUAGACAUUUGUGAGGCUGCAGGUGGAGGCAGAUACAGCUUUCUGUCCUUUUUCCACACAUCAGUGUAUGACAUUGCUUGUUUCUAGGCCAGCAGUUGCUGUUGUAAUGAGAUUCUGCUUCUUGUUAUUCAGUACCAGAAAGCGUGUGAGAGAGCUGCUGUAUUUGUCUGUACUGCUGUGUGAAGACUACACACCUGCCUGCCUGCUCUGAACGUGUGACACGUCACACAGGAGCACCCAAAGGCAGGCUGGUGUUCUGAGGUGAAGGUGCUGACUUGCUGGGGCUUGUGGUACAUGUUCCUGUUACAGACACUGUGCGGUCCUCCAUCAAACCACACUUGCCAUCAUCAUUUUGGGAAGAGGCUGAAUUGAUGUUUCUCCCAGUCAGACAAAAUACAAAGCUGUGUUAGGAAAGUACUGAGUGCUUUUUACUGUGAGUUGAAGAUUCUGGCUCCAAGCUCUUACGCAUCUUACCUGGGUGUAAAGAAUUUCAAGUUGGUUUGAGUUGCCUUGGAAAAUUUAUUUGCUGUAAAAUCUUAGCACAGAAUAGACAGUAGAUGGUGAGUUCUGCUCUUAGUACUAGGACUUUCUGACUGUGUGUGGAUAUGAAGUGGGUAUGCAAGACCAGACUGGAUUUGCUGUGUGAGCUAGUUGUGCUGUUCAGAGUCUUCCCUCCUGAGGGCUGAACAGAGUUAAAAGUAGGUUUUGUUUAAAAAAAAGGGAGAUGAUAGUUAAACAGAGCCGUCAGAGGAAAAGUUCUACCUAUAGAUUGUACUGCUAUUCCAAAUUAUAAAAUCAAAUUUGAUUUUGGAUAGCUAAGGCUGAAAAGAAGAUAUUGAACUAAACUUGACAGCUGGUAUGUGAGGGGUUUUUAAAGUGAGUUGGAAAUUUUCCUUUCACCUCACUGGUUUUGUCGUUUUGAGCCCUGGAGAUCAAGCCUGAUCCCAAGCAGGUCUGAAUACCUGUGAUCCAAUACAAGAUUGAGUGGGAGAUGCUUGUAGCCAGAUAGACUAACCUAGGAAGAGGUAGGAUAGAAAUGUAUAUCAGACAACUGCAGUUACAAGCCUCUGAUCAUGAUGAGAACCUCAGUGCAAAGGAAGGAGGGGCUCAGGAGGUGAUGUCAGUUAUUGUGUAACAGCUGUGCCCUGACAUGCGCCUGGAAUGUGUCCUUGGAAUGAUGUCAUUAUGUCCUUUUGCUGUCGUCUAUCCAGUUGCCUUUGUCAUCUCCAAGACUUGCCUUCUGCCUUUUACCAAGUGACUUGUUAACCAUUGCUGCAGGUGACUAUGCCCGACUCUGCCUGCUGAAGUGCCCAGAGGCUGUGCCCUGCCACCUCCUCCUCCUGGGCAUUGCAGAGCAAACAGCUCUGCUGCCUUGUCUUAGUUGGACCUACUUCAAAUGAAGGUGAUGCAGAACUUGAUUCCAGAAACAGGGAAGAAGUGGAAGCCAGCUGAAGCUCAGAAUCUGUAGCAGUAAGCAAGAUAGAUGGUCUUGAAAUAACACCCUGUUCCAUUAAUUGAAUGGGAACAUCCCCACAUCCAAGUGAACUUAGUCCUGCUUUCAGCCUCCAUUUGCACAGACACCUGGCAAUUUUGCAGCUGAGAACAAGGGCCAUUUGAAAGCAACAAUCCUUUUGUGCCUUGCUAUUACAGGAAUCUGAGACUUGGAAGGUGUGGUGAUUCAGUAGUUAAUCCCAGAAGCUUGUAACAGAUGUUUCCUUUCCCUGUAAGGUAUUCGGUUCUCUAGGAGUAAUCCAUUUGGUGAAAAUACUUGAAGGUAUACUAAGUCCUUUGAUAUUUUGAUCUGCUUUUUUUUUUUUUUUAAUUCUACAGAAAAAUAAAGGAUGAUGAUUCUCUUCUGAGAGUUAACUAGAAUAGUGUAACUUCCUUUCUGGUAUACAGGUUUUAAUUUAUUGCUUGGGGGGAGGGGGAGUAUGCUAAUUUUUCCUCCACUUCAGUAACAGUCAAUUGAACUAGAUAUCUAAGUUCUUGUAACAGGCUCUUCAGCCUUUAUGACUGCAAAAUCAAUUUAGUGAAAUUGUUUUUUCGAUGUACACCUGGAAAUGCUGAUCUACAGGUUUCCUAUUCUAAGCCUAUUGAGACUUUGUGCAUUGAUUUGUUUUGGCUAUGGGGGGAGACAUCCCACUUUCUAGUGACUUACAGGUUGUUUGGUUUUAAAAUACCAAAGCUGUUGUUUCUAAAUAAAUACCUUUCAGUCUAAUCUGAUUGCUGAAGU